ACCUGUUAAGAAAUUCAUUCAACUUCAGCUGGCAAAACAACAGGGCCUGUGCGCUGCUCGUCGCUUAUCACUCCGCACUAAAGAAUAACAAACGUGUAGUGGAGUAGGAGCUUCCACCCAGGCAGCAGGAUGCAGGUUGAGGACAUAACAAUGGACGGCCAUCCGGUGCCCGUCCUCAUUCAGUCAGAGGAGACCGGGAACUUUGAGCUGGAUGAGGAGGCAUUGGAGGAGGUGCUCCUAAAUCCCAGAAUUGCCGACAAGUAUGUAUGUGUCCUGGCAGUGGCUGGGGCAUUCCGCAAGGGCAAGUCCUUUCUCCUGGAUUUCCUCCUCAGAUAUAUGAGUUCUCAGCAAUCUCAGGACUGGCUGGGAGAUGUGAACCAGCCUCUGAAGGGCUUCAAAUGGAGACAAGGGUCCAGGCGGGAGACUACUGGUGUCUUGAUUUGGAGUGAACCGUUCCUCAUCAAGAGAAGAUCAGGGGAAGAGAUUGCAGUCAUUUUGAUGGACACUCAAGGUACCUUUGACAUUCAGUCCUCCAUGAAGGACUCUACAAUAGUGUUUGCCCUCACCACCAUGGUUUCCUCAGUGCUUGUCUACAACCUCAUGAACAACAUACAGGAAGAUGACCUCAUGAAUCUACAAUUGUUCACCUCGUAUGGCAUGUUGGCACAGGAGGAUUGUGACAGUGCACACCCCUUCCAGAGAUUACACUUCCUGGUGAGGGACUGGCAGUUUCCCUAUGAGACUCCCUUUGGCCACCAAGGAGGCCAACAUCUCCUGGAUGAAAUUUUACAGAUAACUGAGAAGCAGCAUCCUGCCCACCAGGAGGUGCGGCGAGACUUGCGUAAAUGUUUCCGUGAUAUCAACUGUUACCUGAUGCCCCACCCUGGUUUUAAGGUCAUCCAGAAGGCUGACUUUGAUGGCAGACUGGCUGAUAUUGAUGAACAGUUUGUGAAACAUCUCCUGUUGCUGGUGCCUCGACUUUUGGCACCAGAAAAUCUUGUGAAGAAGGAGAUCGGGGGCCAACCCAUCAAGUCACGUGACUUGCUCAAGUUCUUCACUCUCUUCAUGGAGGUGUUCAAGGAUAAUGACCUACCAGAGCCCACCACCCUUGUUGAGUUUGCAGCCCAGGCCAGCAGCCAGGCUGCACUGGAGGCUGGGAAAGAAUACUAUGCUGAGACCAUGGAGGCUCUGGUGGGUGGUGACCGACCCUUCCUUAAGACAGUCCAGAUGGAGGCCGAGCACUCCAAGGCCAAGGAACGUGCCAUCCAGACAUACCUGGAGAAGAACAAGUAUGGCCGCAAGAACCAGUGUGUGGUGGAAAAGUACCAGUUGAUGCUGGUGGAGGAAGUGGAGAAGAUGUUUGUCAAGUAUUCACAGCAGAACGAAGCCAAGAAUGUGUUCAAGGCGGCACGAACUCCUGCCACUCUGUUCUAUGUGUUAAUGUUCUUCAACCUCAUGUCAGGAAUCUUUGGCCUCUUUGGAAUGUAUUCCUUUGCUAAUAUGUGCAACCUGGGCAUGGGAGUGUUCCUCAUCAUGCUCACUGUCUGGGCCUAUGUCAGAUAUAGUGGAGAAUACCGUGAUGCAGGAGUUUAUAUAGACGAACUGGCAUCAUUUUUGUGGGAAAAUGUCAUACACCCUAUAUACCAAACAUACAUGGAAAAGCACUUGAAGGAGGCAGCUGAACAAGCAGCACAGCAAGCCAUCACCAGCACCUUGGCCAAUGGGAAGGUGAAGAAUGCGUGAUGCUCCAUUACCACAGCCGCCAUCGCCGCCUCCUCCGCUUCACCUCUCAACACAUUCAAAAUUUGAUUCUUCACUGAUGUCAUUUUGAUCAUCACAGUAUCCUUCUAACUUUGUGGCUUUUAUAUAUAUGUAUGUAACAAAAGGAUAUUGUUGUUAGAGGUUUAUUCAAAAUAUUUUUUUGUGAAAGAGUGGAAAGGGUGGACACAUGCCCUGUUUGAUAUUAUCAUAGAACAAUAUCUUUUGUACUCCCUGGUCCUUAAAGUUUGUUGUUGCCUCAGGUGAGUCUUGAUGGCAAAAUUUUUACCUCUGUGUGAAAGUGAAAAAUGAUUUAGAAGACCAUUUUUUGUGUUAUGUUGACGCUUUGGAGCUAGUGUGUUAGUGAAUAUAUGUUUGCUUUAUGAGAUUUUGUUGGUUCUCACUUGUUAUGUUUUCUUUUUUCCCUUCAAGUGCCAAAUGUUCUGCAGUUAUGCAGUUUUUCCUUCUUGUAUAAUGUCCAGUUGCCAUUGUCGUUUAAUAUCUCAUAACAUUUUUCAGUGUUAGUUGUCACAGAUGUCGGAUGAGGCAGUGAUGCACAAACCAGCCCGUGAAUUCCUCCAAAAUGUUAUCAGAGAUUCAUUGAUAUGUCCAUGGCAGUGUGUCAGCUUUUUUAAGAGUGAUCUUCAAGUUUCUUAAUAAUUCCAGGGUCUUGCUGAGAUUAUAAAACAUUUAUAUUACUCACCUUUAUUUUUGGGCUCUGUGGUUGUCUCUCACAUGCUUAUGAUGCAACAUUAUUUUUCUUGACUUAUUUAGACACUUAAAAAAGUAAUCACUAGCCAUGCUAGUGUAUUGUUGAUACUGAAUUAUAAUUUGGAUGGAUUUUAUUUUUAUACAACAAAUGGAAACUUGUCAGUGAUAGCUGUAAGAUUACCUGGUAAAACACCACAUAUUUCACAUAAUGUUGAGGAAACACUUGCGAUUAGUUCUUCAUUGUAGAGAAAGAGUUGGGUUGUAGGGAAGGUUGGUGAUGAUAAUAAAAGUUAAGUUUCACUGUAGGUAGAUGAAAGAUACCUUGAGUGCUGUGUGUAUGUUUAUUUGUGAUCUGGUUACAAUGCUUAUAAUCACUCAUACCCAUUUCAAGUGUAUUUGCGGACAAUAACACAGUUUAUAUAGUUAUUUCUUAGACUUGAUCAAAGGAAUAAAGAAAUCAUAUGACUUAUUAAUCUGCUCAAGUAUUUAUAAAUUUGAAAGAGAUUCAGAUAUUUGUUCCAUGUAAAGAAGACUAUCAAAAAUAAAAAACACUUAAUUCCUUUUACUAAAUUUACUUAUAUUUUAUACAUGUCAUAUUACAGUCCUGAUAUCAUUUAGUAGUACUUAAAAAGAAGUUUGUGGUUUGGCUCUAUAUUUCAGUACCACCGAAUAAAUAUGGUUACCGUUUGUUAUAAGUUGGGGAUUGAGUAUUCUAUAUUGAAUGGAAUUGACAUGUCACUAGAUUGACCUAGCCUGUCACCUUUAUAGGAGUAAACUAAAGUAUAAUAGUUCAUUCUAAACAUAGGCAUUGUGCUGAUGUCAGUUUUAUUUAAUGUUGUAGAUUUUCUUCAUCAAUGUAAAUAGCUAUAUUAAUGUGUAAAAUUAUUAGCAUUAUCAAGAUGGAAAUUUGAAGGUGUAUAUGUGUGAGUGAGUAUGUGUAUUUAUCAAGUUUUAUUUAGCUUAUAAAUGUACACAAGAUUUGAACUAAGCUAAUGUUGUCUCUAAUGUGUGUGUGUGUGUGUGUGUGUGUGUGUGUGUGUGAGAGAGAGAGAGAGAGAGGAUUGAAUUAGCCUCCUAUUUUACAGGAAAUCAUGAAAUUAACCAUAUUUGGUGUGGGUAUCCAGGUUCCAAAAUCUUCAAGACCCUUAGUAAAUGGUUCCUUUUCAUAAUUAAGCCUGAAAGUAAAUCAUUGAAGCUGGAGUAGAACUUGCAGCCUCAGCCUAAAAUCAUAAAUGGAGAUUAACCUUUUAUUUGACUGUUGGGUUGUAUAAGUUGCAAGAGGUCUAGGCUGAAAGUUCAAAAAAUCUACUUCAAAUGUAAGUAGUUGUCCAAACUGUGCAGUAUCUUUAUAACAGACCAGCAGUAUUGUUGUUGGAAUUAAGGUGCAGAUUUAUAACCAACUUUUUUGGAUGUUCCAUUCUUUCAUUAAAUUGCCUUUUUUUAUUGCAAGAGCAAAUAGGCUUGUUAAUUUCAUGGAUAAUUUAUUUGAAAGCUAAUGGGCUUACUUUUAUUAGGAAAGUUCUAGUACCUACCCUCUCACUGUGUCAGGUUUCUUAACAUCCUAGUUUGGAAGACUUGAAAUUUUAGGCAUUUUUUUUUUAAUGCCUAGGUACCAGAUAUUUCACUGCAGCAUACUUAGUAAGAUGCAUUCAAUGCUCAGUACAUAGAUUCCUAACAGUUUAGCUGCUGCUGACACUGCUACUGCUGCUCUCUGGAUGGGUGCCACAUUUUGAGUUUUCCCAACUGUAAUUGUCUGGCAGAUGUUAUUGCAGUCUGUCUCAAGUGCCUUGCCACAUUCAGAAGGAUUGUUGAUAGUAGCUUAGUACAAUAUUUAUGGUGUAUCAAAUAUUCUGGUUCUCACAGACGUUGGUCUUGACUUGUAUUUAUUUUUUAUUUAUAUAUUUUUGUUCUCAAGUUAAAAGGCUGCUGUUAUAUGAAUUUUUCAAUGUCUGUGAUUAACAGAAACUGGAUCUUUCAAAUUUUCUUUAACUGUGGUUCUAAUAUUUGAUAUUUUUAUGUUAAUGAAGUUUACAAAGACAGUAUGUAUAUAUAUUUCCCCAUUGCAAAAACAAUUCAGGGAAGUGUAAUACAUGGUGAUGAUUAAACAAGACUAUAGGUUUAAUCCUUGCCAUAAUUAAUGCUCAUCCCUUAGUAGUUAUGUAAAUUGGACAAAGAAUUGCCCUAGUGCCUUGAUAUAUUCAUCCCACAUCAUGAGGGCAACCAGACCAUCACAAGUUUUGAGUUAUUAAUCUUCUUUAUGUUUAUGUUGUGAUUUGACUUGUAUAUGCCUGAACUUCAUCUCUUUCUACAUGCUACAUUCUGCUGACUUAAUAUUUUUGUUUUUCUCUCAUUCUUCCUCAUAAUUUUGAUCUCUUCAUCUUCAAGAUCACUAGGUGAAAAGGGAAUAAUGCAAAGCAUGGCAGGGUAGUAGAAUGGUAAAAAUGCAGCAUGAUCAUGAGUAGAACUGGAUCAGAUGAUGUAAUUUUUUUUAAUCAUGCAGUAUUCCUUGUAGAUAGGAGUGCAUAAAACAUAAUCAUCUAUUUGUUAGUUGUCAAUCUAUAAUUUUCUUGCCU